AUGUUAACCCCCAGAUUCGAACUGAAUCAAGAUGAAGAAUUUGUUUAUAUCAAAAUACACAUCUCCAAUAUUAGAUUCUCUGCAGCUGCUAUUGAGAUGGUGGUAAAUGAAAAUGUUUUUGUGUUUUCAUUGCCGCCAUACUAUCUUCGUCUAAGAUUCCCAAAACAGUUAGUUGAAAACGAGGAUGCUACUUCUGAGUUCGUUCCCAACGAGGAAUGUAUCAAAGUACGUGUGCCCAAACUGAAUAAAGGGGAAUUUUUUCCGGACUUAGAUUUAGGUGCAAAACUACUAGCAAGAUUGAAUGAACCUUCCAAUCCUUGCGAGAAAAGUGAGUUGAAGGGUGGAUUGAUUGAAGAAGUAGAUAUCGAAGGUAGCAAGGAUGCUUUUCAAAGAUCAAGGUCGGAAUUGGAGAGAGAAGCACUGACUUACGAUUGGGAAGUUCCACAAACUAUGCCGGAUCCGUUGACUGAUUUGAAGGUUUCUGUAAAGUAUGGCUUUAACAACCAGUAUUCGGAUUAUCUGACUCCUUCCUUGGCAAAUGGUAACGACAUAAACGAACUUUCCGAUCCAGACCAUUUGCAGCCUGACGACAGAAUAAUGGAACGACUAAUUAAGGAGAAUAUCAAAUUCGAUAUGGAAUACUAUGCCAAUGAUUAUAUCACUGUGAGAUACCUGAGUGAGCAAGAGGGGGACGUCAAUGGUAUAAUUGGUGCGCUCACAUAUGCAUCACCAUAUUGGAAACUCUUCAAUGAUAGCAAAAGUAAAAGCACCGUACAGGUGGAAUUCACACAAGAAGAGCAGGAUAGGAUGACUGAUUUACCUCGUAAGACAUACUUGAUUGAUGAUCCAAGGCCAUUAUAUUAUACCCUUCUAUGUCUGUUAUUUUCCUACAGUUAUGAAGUUAGGUCCUUUCAAGGAGAAACUACCAUUGAAUCCGCGUGGUCAAUUGGUAAACUAACACCACAGAUUAGUUGUUUGGACUCCCAACUAAUACAGAGUAACAACCAGACAGAAAAGAACAUGAUCCGUGUAAUUACUUUGACAAUGGCUCGCCGAGCUUUGGGAUAUCCAUUGUUCAGACACUUUGACCUUGUGAAAAAGUCUUGGAUGGAUGUUUACUGGACUUUGAGGUGUGGGAAAAGGGCGGUCUUGAAAUCAUUACUGGCAAUAAGAGAAUUGUUUAGGAAACAUGAUAUCUACUACGUAUACUGCAAGAUACUGCUCGACGAUUUGUGCGCAUGGGUGCUAAGAGAUGAUGGCUGCAAUGACGUUGUGCUGAGAAACUUAGCACAUGCAUUACGUAAAGAAAUCGAUGUUCUUGAUAAGAAGGAUGUUGUUUUUGAGAAGUUAAUUUCUACAAACACUGAAGAAAUUCCAAACGAUGCCCAGAUCGAAAUGGAUGUUGAAAAAGAAGAUCAGUUUGAAUUCUUAAAUCUAGUAGAAGUUGAAGAACUUGCUGAUGAAGCGUACGAAUCAAGUUUAUAG